AUGAAGCUGCUUCAGGUUCUCAUUAUUUUGCUGUUUGUGGUACUUGCAGAUGGUGUACUGCCCAAAAAAUGUUUUAACAAUGUAGCAGGCUACUGCAGGAAGAAAUGCAAAAUAGGGGAGAUAUCUGAGGUGGGAUGCCGGCGUGCGAGAUACUGUUGCGUUAACGAGCUGGAAAACAGAAAGCACAGAGCCGUCAAGCCGCUAGUCCAGCCCAAAGAGCAGUCCAAAGGAGUCCAAGACUACAUGGCCCUGCCCACAAUCACGUACUUCACCAUCAGUAUCUGAAAGAAGGGUUGUUCCUGAAGGCUGUUUCCCUCCAGCCCUGUGGAAUCCAGUGGGCUGCCUCCGACCUGUCUCUUUCCCCCUCUGAAUUUGAUUCCCCACACAAUAAAGUCCAACUCUUUUGCUUGUAUCCACGCCUUUCCUG